AUGACGGAUUUCCAAAUGUUGAGUACAUCUGAAAUUUUACAGCUUAAUAUAGAAGAACUUGUGCCAAACAAUUAUAAGGACGGAAAAGGUAUGAACGCUUUCUUCUUGUACAGGAGGGAAUUUACAAAACGUUCAAUGGAAAAUGGCAUAAAGGCCAAAAUGACCGACAUAUCGAAAUGUGCCGGUCAAGCUUGGAAAAACGAGAAACCAAGGGUUAAAAGGGCCUAUGCCAAAGUCUCCAAGAGAAUAGAUGAGCUUUUGCAAAAGAGGAAGCCAAAAACGAAAGAUUACCCGAUAAUUUUUGAUGAACACAUGAAAAAAGUGGUUCAACCACAUAAACCGGAACCUCCGAUUCCCAUUCCUACAACUCCGGCUUUAAUUGAUCCUCCCCAAGACGAAUUUAUUUAUUGCACUUUAAACGUAGACGAUAUCACCCUCCUGUAUUUGAAUCAAAUGCCUCCAAACUAUUUCGCUCUUUAG